CUAUCGAACGUAAUAUUUGCCCACAUGUGUGAAUGUGUGCCUCGAAAACUACCAGUUCGAUCACACCUAUUUGUUUCCAAGUAAUAAGAAGAUCGGUGCAUGGGUUUCUCGCAACUCCUGUGCGGCCGCACCACUCAUUGGUGUUGGGAGUCUGAGCUUUGUGAGAGUCGGAGCUGCGGUAUUCCCCACGGAGGAAGAAGGGCCGUUGAGUCGGCGACCUCUUACUGGGGUUGUUGAGAGGAAUGACCAUGGACGGUGCGAGCGCCGGGGUGCGCAGCAAUCGGGAUGAUCCCGCACUUCCACAGCCAUCCGCAUCCGCUGCUGCUAGUUCUGCUGCUGCUCCUGGACCUGGUGCCACCACCUCGGUAGCCACCGGGACGAGUUCAGGGGCUACGACCAGUGCUGCCCCCGCUACUGCCGCCCCCACUGCUGCUGUCCCCGCCGCUGGUGGCAGGGUUGAAAGCAAGGUGAAAGUCAUUGGUAACUACGUCCUGACUGGAAAGACAUUGGGAAAGGGGAACUUCGCCAGAGUUGAAGAAGCUCAGCACACGGCCUGCAGAGCCAAGGUUGCAAUAAAGAUCAUUAACACCGAUCGGAUCAAGGAGGAGUAUGUCAAGAAGAACCUGCUGCGAGAGGCAUACAUCAUGAGACGUCUGAAUCACCCCAACAUCGUGCGCCUAUACGAAACAAUGAAAACAAGGUCACUCUACUGCCUUGUGACUGAGUGUGCUGAGGGUGGUGAGCUGUUGAUGCAUGUGAAGAAUGAUCAUGGUGCUGAGAAGCGACUGCCUGAAUCCAGCGCACGUCCGUUUGUCAGACAGCUCAUGUCCGCACUGCAAUACAUGCAUGAGAUGGGUAUUGUACACAGGGAUCUGAAGAUGGAGAACAUCCUCUUGGACAAGACAAAGAAACACAUCAAGAUUGUUGAUUUUGGCCUGAGCAAUACGAGAGAGCCAGGAGAGUUCUUGUCGACGCACUGUGGCUCACCCGAGUAUGCUGCACCAGAACUCUUUGUUCCUGGCAAGGUCUAUGGACAGGAGGUGGAUGUAUGGAGCCUGGGAGUCAAUAUGUUUGCCAUGUUAGCCGGCCGCUUGCCAUUCAGAGUACCGCGACAAGGACCUAGUCGGCGUCAGCGCUUGCUCGAGCAGAUUUCCAAUGGCAUAGGACCUACACAGGAACAGGAAGGUGCACACAUCUCCGCAGGUGCCAUGGACCUGAUACGCCAGCUUCUGAAACCUGACCCCACCGAACGACCAACCAUUGUGAUGGCCAUGAAGCAUAAAUGGAUAACAAAGAACGACCUCUACCCCAUGCAGCCGUACCAAGAAGAUGGUGUCGACCCUUCACAACAUGAUCGGAUCUUAGACCUGAUAUGUGCGCGACUGGAUGUGACACGCCGCCAGGUAUCGCAGUCAGUGAGUGAGUGUAGAUGUGACUGGGUGGCCGCCAUCUACCACCUACUACAUGACCAGCCAGAGGGACAGACCACUAUGAGAGAUCGUACACGCCAGCAGAUAGCUCAGCUACUGAAAACGUCCACCCCAGGUGCGGGUAGCAGCAGUGGUGCUGCUACGGCUGCAAAGGCAUCAGAGGCGGCGGCGGCAGCAGCAGCACAACAGCAGCCGCUUCGGGCUAGUGUACGUUUGCCCACUCCUAGCUCUGGUGCCACAGUUGCUGGAGCAGCACCGGCAAUGGCUGUAUCCAGUGAAGGCCAAACAACAGCUGCACAAGUGACCACCGUCAAUGCUGUUGUCAGAAAACUGGAAGCAGCAGCAGGUCAGCAGCUCAAGACGCGUCCUGCUGCUGUGAAACGCCAUGACUCAACAUCUCGCUCAGCUCGGCCAGGCACUCAGGGAGGCAGUGGACUAACACGUCGACAUACAUUCACCACCCAGCGUUCCCGGGAGGACCAGACUGAUGGUGGAGAAAGGAGUGCUGCUCAAAUGAGACAACAGCAGCAGUUGCAACUGCUUCAACAACGACAGCAUCAACAGCAUCAACAGCAGCAGCAAAUGCAAGCUGGUGUGAGUGCAGCAUCUCAACACAAUGCUAUGGUUGCACAGCGUACCUUGGCCAAUGCAGCCGAUACAUUUCCAGUGCCCAGCGGUGGACUUGGCUCUUCCAGCAAGGGAUUCUCAACGCCGCCAAUAGGAUCACCUAUUCGCACUGCGCUCAAAACAAGAGAGAGUUUAUCCACAACUCAUGCCAGUACAACAAACAGCUCCAGCCAUGUUGUGACAAUGGCACAACGAUUCGGACGUCAACUCUCCACACCAGCUAUCAACAGCAGUGGGGCAUCUCGUCACCGACAUGAAUCCCCACACAAAGCGCACCAACGUGGGCAAAGCCCUUCACCGCACGACAGUCCAACAAAGGCGGGUGAGAACAUCGAACUUCCGACAGCAACUCCUCGUAAGAAGGUCAUCAACUUCCUGCGCACACGCAAAACAUCUAAAGAGAAAACCUCCCCGAUCAAAUACGAUCCACAGCCGGCGGAUAGCAGCCUGCAAGUGCUGAAUGAGCUUAGCGAAACAAGCAAUAAGAUGAGUUCCGAUCACGUUAGCCAAGCCGGUGCUGCAUCCUUGUCACGGUCUUUUGCACUGAAGCCCAGGGUGUUCACAUCCGGUGAUCAUGCUAACUCCCUGGCACUGCGCCAGCCAUUAUCAAAGUCAGCACAGUUUGCAACCAACAGUACGACAUCAACUGGCGGCAGACCGAUGACACGCGAAGGUGCCCAGUCAUCCUUUGGCCAGCAAGCACCAUCCUAUGGACAAAGACAAGGUGGCUUGACACCAGCAUGGACGCAACCAGCAUUCACGGCUGUGUACAAUAAGCAAUCACCGCCUAGUUUGAGACGGACUGCCAGUACUAGUAGAAGUCGCCCUCGUUCAGUGGCCGCACCGAACGGCAACCCUCCUUUCGCCAAUAGGGCGUUCGUACCAACCGAGACACCUGAUACUGGUGAGCUACCGCCACCUGUAUUCCGCUACUCCGAUCAUGCCAUGGAGGAAACUCAACAUGAAUAUGAUGAAUAUGAUGCGGGCAAUACACUUCCAUCAAGAUCGCGCAGACCAGGGGCAUUUGGUGGAAUUUUCGGCAAGGCUCUGCGCAUGAAGAAACAGAAUAAGUAACUAUUUGCCGCUUGAUCAGGACGACUACUUCAGAUACCAAUGGAGAAGAAAUAGAAGCCUAAAUUGUGCUUUAUCUAUCUAAUUUAUAAUCAUCUUGAACAUUGAUCUUUGUUGUAUCAUUCACUAAUAUUUCCACGUCGCCUAUUCAAAGGUGCUUGGAAAUCUAAUCAAGCAUAUAUACGUGUAACGUGAAAUAUGCAUCCAACCUCUUUCGUGAUUUCCAAAAUAGCAUGAAACACAUUGCAGCUCUUGCAUUUCUCAAGUUGUUAUUAUGUCGUGAAUAUUCUAUGUAACAUUGUUACACGGAAUAUGCACUUAUCUUGAAAUAUCUACUUAUUGUAUUCAUUGGUGAGCCUGCAGCCACACAGUCAUGCAAUCACGGGUGACUUUCCUUGAAGUAACCUUUUCAACAUUUUGUUUAAGAGUCUUGACUUUUUACUACAGACACCUCAGGAUUGAAUGAUCCAUGCAUGGGUGAUGGUA